GCGAUUGAAAACUUGAAGACAAAAAUCAUAAUCUCUCGUAUUUUGCGACUUUUCGUUUUCUUUUUUGGGAAAAAAAGGAAAAACGCAUCAAAUUUGAAUGCACUAAACAUCUGAGCAAAUAUUUUUGUGUUGCGUGGGUUAUGCGUGGUCAUUGCGUGGUCAUAGUGCGAGUCUGGAAUAUAUGAGCUUUGCGUGAAAGAUUUGUACGAACUUUGAUUGAUUGAAAAAAAAACAAACAAAAACUUGGACUACGACAACAUUACAACAACAACGUUAUUUAAACACAAAAAAAGGACUUUACUACUGAAAAAAACUACGACAACAAUGCCAGUUGCAACAGUUUCACCUCCGGUUGUCAAUGGCAACCACGACAGCGACUCGGAAAAAAAGGAUUUUGGAAACUUAGUUGGGGACAACUACCAAUUCAACUUCAUUAAACGCAUCGAUGCCGACAUCAAGAUGGAAAGCAGUCCCGAAACGUCUCCGAAAAAGAUCAAUCCGGAGCAAUUGGACGUUUUCGAAGCAUUAGAAACGCAUGCGGAUAAGCAAUUGAAGCUAAACGACGGAAAACCGAAGAAAAUUCUCCGCAUGUCGAUGGAAGAUCUCAACGAAAAGCGUCACGAAAAGACAAAUUCGGCGAAAAAUUCACGAGGUUCCUCGAUGAAAAUGAUUUUUUUGCUCGUGACAGUUUUGGGCAUCACUUGUGGCGUUUUCUGGCAAGAUUUUCGUCGACAAUUGUUUCGACACUCUCGCAAGGAGUACAACAAACUAAUCCACGGACAAGCAUAUUGCACGGAUGACAUCGAUUUUGCCGCCAUGGGAAACGCUUUGCGUGAAGGCGUCGUUGGACAAAACGAAGCGUUGGGAAAAUUGGAAGAAGCGCUUAAAAGUCACCGUCAAUUCACCGCUAUUGUGUUACAUGGACCAACGGGCACGGGAAAAACUCUGACAACGCAACUGCUAGUUGAUAAUUUUCGCUGGCAGGAAAAUGUUCAAGUCAUGAUUUACAAUCCGAAUGACGCGACCUUCGACUUGGCUUCGAUAACGCGCGAUUUAUCGCAAUGCGGACACAAUUUGAUCAUCAUCGACGACUUGCAUCUCAUUAACAAGGACCUGCUUACGUUGCGGCAGAGCAUCGAGGAGGCGGCGCUCGCGAAACAGCAAAAAGUCAUCCUUGUGUUCGUCUUUAACGUGUCAAAGUUCGAGACGGAACGCAACGACGGACCCAUUUUCGAGCACUUGCCGAAAGAUGCAUUCCGCAUCAUCGAAUACAGACGCAUGACGGAUCUCGACCUCGACAAAUGCAUGGAGAAGAUAGAGAAGGAGCUGGCAGUUACUUUGUCGCACGAACAACGGGACACGGUACGCCAGAGUGUGGAUGUAACCAAGAGUGGCUGUAAAAAUGUUAGAUCUAAAGUGAGUUUGUAUUCGUAAAUUUCGUUUUAAUUUUUUUCAUUUAACAACAACAAAAACGAACAAAUGCACGCCAA